UCUAGAUGAUAACAUUCAAGGGCUGGAGAAACUGGGAAAUCUGGGCUGGGAACUAUGUCCUUAGGGAUCUAACACCAGCUGUGGUACUUAGCUGGGUGGGGAGGGUAUAAAAAGCCACGGUCCUUCCCAGUUGGGGGGGAAGCCCACUUGAGGAGUCAGGAAAAGAGAUACAAUGUGGGAGACCCAAUGUCUACUGUUGGCCUUAAUUGGUUUAGGACGAUCUAGCAGAUAGAUAAUGCAGGGCCUACAGGAAGAGCCAAGCGGGGCAGCCUUGGGACCAAAGUCCUCCACCUGCCAAAAUCACCCUAGAAAUUAGGGACCCACACUGUCGCUAUUCUGACCCCCCAAAAGAGGUGACUCUUGGCUACCAUAGGGGUCUGAGAAGAAAUCGGUAUUAUUAAGCUAAAAGAAUAGUGGACUGCCUUAGCAAGGCCUAGCGGCCGGAGCAGCAGAAGCCUUCCAUGGUAGUGCGAGCCUUUCUCCCUCUCAGCCCCAGUUUCCUCUGGGCAGGGGGCCUGGCCCCCAAGCUUCCCAGGGCUGCCCUUUGAGAACCACCUGCCCCAGCCGGCCAGAGACUUCCUGUAGCGCAAGAGAUUUAUGCAAACGGGCUGGGGCGGUGAUGUCACCCCAAGGGGACUAUCUCCCAGUGGCAGGCCCUUCGAUAAAAUCAGGAACUUGUGCUGGCCCUGCAAUGUCAAGGGAGGGGGCUCACCCAGGGCUCCUGUAGCUCAGGGGGCAGGCCUGAGCCCUGCGUCUGACCCACAACCGUCCAGCCCCCCGACGGGGCACCUGGUCCUGAGGGGGAUCUGCCUUGAUCCCCACCGAAGCAGGGGAUCUGACCAACCUGGAGCUCAGCUGGAUGUUACAGGCGUGCAAAAUGGAAGGGUUUCCCCUCGUCCCCCCUCCAUCGGAUGAGCUGGUUACUUACGAACCAGAACUAUACCAACGUCAAACGCAUGACUACUACUCCUUGAUGGGCAGUGAUGGAGAGAGCCAUAGCGAUCAUUAUUGGGAUUUUCCCCCACACCAUGUACACAGCGAGUUUGAGAACUUCACUGAGAACCACUUCACAGAGCUGCAGAGCGUGCAGCCCCCACAGCUACAGCAGCUCUACCGCCACAUGGAACUGGAGCAAAUGCAUGUCCUUGAUACCCCCAUGGCACCGCCCCACGCCAGCCUCGGCCACCAGGUUUCCUACAUGCCCCGGAUGUGCUUCCCUUAUCCACCCUUGUCCCCAGCCCACCAGCAGAGCUCAGAUGAGGAGGAGGGUGAAAGGCAGAGCCCUCCCCUGGAGGUGUCUGAUGGAGAAGCUGAUGGCUUGGAGCCUGGGCCUGGUCUUCUGCAUGGGGAGACAGGCAGCAAGAAGAAGAUUCGCCUGUACCAGUUCCUGCUGGACCUGCUGCGCAGCGGCGACAUGAAGGACAGCAUCUGGUGGGUGGACAAGGACAAAGGUACCUUCCAGUUCUCGUCCAAGCACAAGGAGGCGCUGGCGCACCGCUGGGGCAUCCAGAAGGGCAACCGCAAGAAGAUGACCUACCAGAAGAUGGCGCGCGCGCUGCGCAACUACGGCAAGACGGGCGAGGUGAAGAAAGUCAAGAAGAAGCUCACCUACCAGUUCAGCGGCGAGGUGCUGGGCCGCGGGGGCCUGGCCGAGCGGCGCCUCCCGCCCCACUGAUCGCCCUCAGAGCCCGCCAGGCUCCCGGCCCCCGCCGGCCAUAGCAUUAACCCGUCGCCCGGCCAGGACACAGGGAGGACAUUCCCAGGGCCGAGGCAGGACUGGGGGCCCGGCCUCGCCCUCCCAUGCCCGGCCUGGCCCGCCCCGCCCGCUUCGCCUCCCACCAGGACUCUAGCCCGCCCAAGGGCCGCCUGGCCCCGGACCUCAACCGAGGGUCAGCCUGGCUUAGUGGCCACGGUGCUUCCUUGGGAGUCUGGCGUUGGCACCUUUUUUUGUAUAUUGAAUGCUAUUUUAAAAGCUCUUCCUCUUCCCACCUCCCCCAUCCAUUAGCCUCUAAAAACAAGUAAAAUUAUUGUCAGCUAUUCUCCCA